AUGACGGCCAUCCCCCUCGACCAGUUCGAUGCCGUCCUUGGCUCCACCUCGACCGAGAUCUCCUCUGUCGCCCUUGGUGGCCACAUCCUUAGCACCUCUGAUGAGUGGUUCGCUCCCGCCUCUUCCCUUCUCAAAGUCGGCCCUGCACCUUCGCUCAAAGGUCAAUUUGGACCCAAAGGAGCCCUUUUCGAUGGCUGGGAAACUCGUCGUCACAAUCCUACCUACGACUGGGUCAUCCUUCGUCUUGGCCCUUCCGCCGGCGGUCGUCUCAUUGGCUUCGACGUAGACACUGCUAACUUCAAUGGUAACGAAGCACCCGAGAUCUCGAUUCACGCUCUCGCUCUCACUCCGGAAGAAGAAGCUCAGACUGGCAACGCUCUCGCUCAAAACGACGCUCUUUGGGAAGAAGUUGUCCCCGUCUCGCCAUGUGGACCUUCGCAGAGGCACCUGUUUAAGGUGGCAGAGGGUAAAGGAGACAAGAUCUACACGCAUAUUAAGCUGCACAUGAUCCCGGAUGGUGGUAUUGCAAGGUUCAGGGUAUAUGGUGUGAUCCCACCCCCUCCUGUUGGGCAGGGCGAGGGAGAGGAGGUGAAUGCAGAAAACAGCGCGCUUAAUGUGUUGGAUCUGGCUCAUUGUUUGAAUGGCGGUAGAGUGGUGUUCACGGAUGACCAACACUUCGGUGCGGGUAGCAACAUCAUCUUGCCCGGCAGGGGUAAAGAUAUGGGUGAUGGCUGGGAGACUCGUCGUUCCAGAGCAAAAGGUCAUUUCAAUUGGGCUAUCAUCAAGCUUGGCGAACCAGGUUUCCUCUCCUACGCAGAAGUCGACACAGCCCACUUCCUCGGCAACUUCCCCGAAUCUGUCGAACUUCUCGGCACAGUCUACAACCACUCUUCCACCGUUCCCUCCGCUGCUGCUGAAUGGAUCACACUCCUUCCUCGUACCAAGCUCGGUCCUGGUCGUCGUCACUUCUUCCCCAUCUCCGGUGGCUCCUACAUCACCCAUGUCAUGGUCAAAAUGCAUCCCGAUGGAGGAAUCAAGCGUGUCAGACUACACGGUCGUCGUGCCGCCACGAUCAUUUCUGCUGCCAUGGACGUAAAUGCCCUCCCCGUCAUUCCUGUACCGCAGGAUAUCCAGGACCCUUUGCCAUCAGCCACUUCGGAUCCAUUCGCUCCUGUAAGUGCCCUCCCUCCCUCCACCAUCUCUCGUGGUACCUGCAAGUGCAAUACAACCACCGGCAUCGUCCUUCAUUCCACAUUUGUCGCGGCGGUGCAUCUCACUGCAGAAGCAUUCAAGCCUUACGGUGCGGUGAUCGAUGGACCUUCCGCGCAAAACCCAGACAAAUGGAAGCCGUUCAAGAUCGUCAAUCAGGGAACCGCCAAAAAGUACCUGAAUUUGGCGGAAAUUCUUAACAAGUAUCCCAGCGAGGCGGGCGCGAAGACCAACGUUCAUGUAUACCGAUGCGAUCCUGCCCCAACACUGCCUUUUGAGGUGAAGUUGUUGGAAAGGCACAGAUUUACUACGCAGGCGUUCAUCCCGAUGGUACCGGUGGAUGGGAAACAAAAGGGAUUCUUGGUUGUGGUUGCGCUUAAUGGUCAAGAUGACAAGCCAGACCUGAACACCCUAGCCGUUUUCCUAGCUACAACCGAACAAGCGAUUCAAUACCACCCAGGGAUUUGGCAUCAUCCGAUGAUUGCUCUCGGUAAACAGGCCACGGAUUUCGCUUGCAUUGUGAACGAGUCCGUCACACAGCCUCAACUCGAUUGUGAUGAGGUCGAAGUAUGA